AUGACUGGUCUUCGGGCUUUACGAUAUGGCAGUGCCAUAGUUCUUUUGGCAGCACUGGUCCAACCCUCAAUUGCAAGUGACAUUUACCUAGACUGUGGUCGCACCGCGACAGGUGAUGGCAGCAAAGCACACCCUUUCAACUCAAUUCAAAAAGUCAAUCAAGCUGUAUUAAAAGCCGGUGACUCUUUAUUUGUCAAAUCUGGCUCGACAUGCAUAGGCACCCUGUCCCCAAAGGGUAGUGGCAAUCAGCAUCGCCCGAUUAGCUUGACCAGCUAUGGAGACGGUCCUCUGCCUAUCAUCAAUGGAGCUGGAGCAGCGGAGGCUGUGAGUUUAACAAAUCAGGAUUAUUGGGAUGUUUCCAACAUUGCAAUUAUCAAUCCUGCCUCUGAAGUUGCCUGGCGGCGCGGUAUCGUUGCAACUUCAAGUGAUGGGACAGUUCACCAAGGUCUCUCCAUCCACGACAUUACCGUUUAUAAUGUAGCUGGUGAGACCAACAAGGCCACGCAGUCCGAUGCAUUCAUCGCCUCUGGUGGGAUUAUCGUGAACGGCACCGAGAAUGCAAGCCGCUAUGACGACGUCCGGAUAUACGACAAUACAGUCUUCGACUGCGGUGGCGGUGGUAUCAAAGUCCGCGUCGGGCAGAUGGACAAUCGGGGACCUGGAACCCACGUCUACGGAAACAACAUUUCCUAUGUCGGUGGUGACGGUGUUGUCGUGUCUUACGGCGAAGCACCUAUGAUUGAGAACAACAUCGCCGGGUUUUGCGGUCACGGAAAAUACCCAUACACAGGCGGCAACUUCGCUGGGAUCUGGGUUCUCGGAUGCAAAGAUGCAGUGAUGCGACGCAAUGUGGUUCAUGACUCGCUCAUGUCGGAUAUUGACAGUGAGGCGUUUGAUUGUGAUUGGGGCAAUGAAGGUACUUGUACCGUCGAGUAUAACUAUAGCCAUGAUAACGCGGGUGGUAUCUUCCUCAACUGUGACGGUUGCGGAACCCCCGGCGGCGCGACACAAAUUGUUCGAUAUAACGUCUUCCAGAACGAUUGCCGGAUGUACAGCAACGGAGAGGAUGUCCACAUGGAAUUCUACAAUAAUGUUAUCUACUGUCCCAACAAAGCGUUCGAGAUCGCAGUCCCGCCUCAUGCAAACUUGUCGAACAACAUUUGGGUGGGAACCGCAGGCUCGACUUUGCCGAAGGAUAGCUCAAUCGAGUGGCAUGAAAAUAUUUUCCAAACGGUUGAAAUACCCGAUGAGGGAGCAGGAAUUCAAGGAAAUCCCCUUUUCACCAAUCCUGGCACAGCGAAAGACAGCCUUGAUUCGGUGGAUGGUUAUCGACUCAGCCGUGGAAGUCCUGCUUUGCUCCACGGUGACCCAAUAGAGAAUAACGGAGGUCGAGACUUCUGGAACAACAAGGUGUCAUCGGCAAAGCGCCCCAAUAUCGGUGCAUACAAUGGAAAAGGACUGUAG